AUGGCGUCCCCUUCAAUGCUCACAAAGGCAAGCCCUGGCCCUUCGUCCUCCGUUUUGACGUCUCUAACCUUUGAGCUAUGGGACUAUCGCAUGGGAACCCUGAUUGACCGCUUUGAGGAACAUGAUGGACCAGUUCGCGGGAUCGAUUUUCACAAGACACAACCACUCUUUGUAUCAGGAGGAGAUGACUACAAGAUUAAAGUCUGGUCCUAUCAAACCAGGAGGUGUCUCUUCACCCUCAAUGGUCACCUGGAUUAUGUCCGGACAGUCUUCUUCCACCAUGAGUUGCCUUGGAUCUUGUCUGCCUCUGACGACCAGACAAUCAGAAUUUGGAACUGGCAGAACCGGUCUUUGAUCUGUACAAUGACCGGCCACAACCACUAUGCCAUGUGCGCACAGUUCCACCCCAAGGAAGAUCUCAUUGUCUCCGCGUCCCUUGAUCAGUCUGUCCGAGUGUGGGAUAUAUCAGGACUAAGGAAAAAGCACUCUGCCCCGACCUCGAUGAGCUUCGAGGAUCAGAUGGCACGAGCAAAUCAACAACAGGCUGAUAUGUUUGGCAAUACGGAUGCUGUUGUCAAAUUCGUUCUUGAAGGGCACGAUCGAGGCGUCAACUGGGUCGCUUUCCACCCGACUCUGCCUUUGAUCGUGUCCGCAGGCGAUGACCGAUUGGUCAAGCUAUGGAGAAUGAGCGAGACCAAAGCAUGGGAAGUCGACACCUGCCGAGGACACUUCCAAAACGUGUCUGCAUGCCUGUUCCAUCCACAUCAAGAUCUCAUUUUGUCCGUGGGUGAGGACAAAACUAUUCGUGUCUGGGACUUGAACAAGAGAACUUCCGUCCAGUCAUUUAAGCGGGAGAAUGACCGGUUCUGGGUGAUUGCGGCCCAUCCAGAAAUCAACCUGUUUGCUGCCGGCCAUGAUAACGGUGUCAUGGUCUUCAAACUCGAACGAGAGCGGCCUGCAUCCUCAGUGUAUCAGAACCAGCUAUUCUAUAUCACAAAGGACAAGCACGUCCGAUCUUACGAUUUCACCAAAAAUGUCGAGUCCCCGUCGCUGCUGUCACUUAGGAAGUUUGGCAGCAAUUGGGUCCCUCCUCGUACGCUCUCCUACAAUCCGGCAGAGCGAUCGAUCCUGGUCACCUCGCCCACAGACAACGGCACUUACGAGCUGAUUGCCCUUCCUCGAGAUGCCACAGGGGCUACUGAACCUACUGAUAUCAAGCGUGGAUCAGGGAAUGCCGCAGUUUUCGUUGCCCGCAAUCGUUUUGCCGUUUUCAGCACAUCUACUCAGCUGGUUGAAAUCAAAGACCUGGGUAACUCAACAACAAAAUCCUUCAAAGCACCUGCCGGCACGACUGAUAUCACAUAUGGUGGCACUGGUUGCCUCCUUCUCAUCUCUCCCACAAACGUGGUUCUCUAUGACAUUCAACAGAAGAAGCAGCUGGCAGAACUGAGCGUUACUGGUGUCAAAUAUGUUUCCUGGUCAAAUGAUGGUCUGUAUGCUGCUCUGCUCAGCAAGCACAAUGUCACCAUCGUCAACAAAUCGCUAGAACAAGUCAGCACCCUGCACGAAACGAUCAGAAUCAAGAGCGCAGCCUGGGACGAUUCAGGCGUUCUGCUUUACUCAACUCUCAACCAUAUCAAAUACACUCUGCUCAAUGGUGACAACGGCAUCGUCAGAACACUCGACCAGACGGUUUACCUCGUCAAAGUCAAAGGACGUAAUGUCUACUGCCUCGACAGAUCCUCCAAACCCCGUGUGCUCACCAUUGACCCAACGGAAUACCGCUUUAAAUUGGCUCUCGUGAAGCGUAAUUACGACGAAAUGCUUCAGAUCAUCAAGACCUCACCCCUCGUCGGGCAGAGCAUCAUUUCUUAUCUCCAAAAGAAAGGCUAUCCCGAGAUCGCUUUACAGUUUGUGCAAGAUCCCCAGACGAGAUUCGAACUCGCCAUUGAAUGUGGCAACCUGGAAGUGGCCACAGAAAUGGCCAAAGAGUUGGACCGACCCAAAAUCUGGACACGCUUGGGCACCGAAGCUUUGGUUCAUGGCAAUCAUCAGACCGUGGAGAUGACCUAUCAGAAACUCCGAAAUUUCGACAAACUCUCAUUCUUGUACCUUUGCACGGGCGACGAGGAAAAGCUGACGAGAAUGGCCAAAAUCGCCGAGCAUCGCGGAGAUUUUGUCUCCAGAUUCCAAAAUGCUCUCUAUCUCGGUGACGUGGAGAGCCGGAUCCAAAUGUUCAAGGAGAUCGACCAAUAUCCUCUGGCUUAUCUCACUGCAAAGUCUCACGGAUUGAUCGAAGAAUGUCAAUCAAUACUCGAGCUUUGUGGGUUGACAGAAGACCAAAUCUCGAUGCCUGAGGCGGGAGAAGGUCUUGCUCCUCCUAAAGUCAUUGUACCUACCUACAAAGCGAACUGGCCGGUCAAGGAGGCAUCACAUUCGUCAUUUGAGAGAGCGCUUCUCGGCGAGGUGGGCGUAGCAGUCGAUGACGAAACAAGCCCUGAUCUCCUCACCGAGGACGUCCCCGCUGCUGCCGACGGUGACGGGCUCGCAGCAGAUGAGGAUGCGGAUGCUGGCGAAGGUUGGGACAUGGGUGACGACAUCGGGCUCGAGGCCACGGGGAAUGACUCGGAUUUUGUCAAUGUCGACAACCCGGAUGCACCUGCAGAAGCUGCUGGGCCGGGCAGCUCAGAGGCAGAUAUGUGGUCGAGAAACUCUCCACUAGCCGCGGACCAUGUCGCAGCAGGCUCUUUCGACAGUGCCAUGCAGCUGCUGAACCGUCAAGUUGGGGCGGUACAUUUUGAGCCCCUCAAGUCGAGAUUCUUGGAGAUCUACCAGGCGUCUAAAACAUUUCUGCCCGCCAAUGCCGGCUUGCCGCCUAUUGUGAACUAUGUUCGCCGCACCACCGACGAGACGGACAACCGAAAGCUCCUGCCUGUCAUUCCCCGAAACCUGGAGACCCUCAACAAUGUUGAGCUACAAGAAGGAUACACGGCCAUGAGGACAAACAGAUUGGAGCAAGGUGUCCUCACGUUCCGGCGACUGCUGCAAUCGCUUCUUGUCAACGUCGUCAGUUCGCAGGCACAGGUGGACGAAGCUAAGGCGCUGAUUACGAAAGCGAUGGAGUACACGCUUGCGAUGAGCGUUGAGCUUGAAAGACGCCGGCUUGCGGCUGAGGGUGGUGAGGCCGAAGCACAACUCAAGCGACAGCUAGAGCUUUCGGCAUACUUCACCAUGCCCAAACUCGAAGUCUCUCAUCGGCAACUGGCUCUGAUGGCAGCUAUGAAAUUGGCAUUCUCGAACCGACAGUAUUCCAGUGCAUUGUCCUUUGCAAAUCGCAUCCUAGCCAAUGGUGGCGCGGCGAAAUUGGUUGAACAGGCAAAGAAAAUCAAACAACAGGCUGAGCGGUUGGGAUCUAGCGACAAGAUCGACAUUGAAUACGACCAAUUCGCCGAUUUCGACGUCUGCGCCGCUUCCUUCACUCCCAUCUACACCGGAGCACAAAGCGUGUCAUGUCCAUUCGAUGGAGCCAAGUAUCAGAGCCAGUUCAAGGGACAGGUGUGCAAGAUGUGCGAGGUUUGCGAGAUUGGUGCCGCCGCUAGUGGUCUGCGAUUAUGGGUAAAGGGUCUAUGA